AUGUGGCCUUUCACGAGCACCAAUAGUGGUACUUCUGGUAACGGUUCGUUAGGUGAGGGUCUACCGACCGAACUAAGAGCUUUUCUCCUCAAAGAAAAUACUGAAUCUAAACAAUUUGGACCAACGGAAGCAUCCAAAUUCGAUGCUUUACCCCAUGAUAAACAAGUUCGAAAUAAACUUUAUAAACUCCCACCAAUGACGGACGACGAAGUGUUUCAAUUUGAAGAAUUCAAAGUUACUAAUCAAAUACACAAGGCAGUAUCUAUCAAUUGUGCUGAAAUUGAGUAUCAUUUACAUCAAUGUUAUCAACAAUUUUCCACCAUUCGAAACAUGUUUCAAUAUCCUUGCUUUAAACAACAAAAUGAUAUGCGUGGCUGUAAGAAUUUACAAACUGAUGGGUUCAAAGUGUUGCAUUAUCAAGAUUGUUAUAAUGUUGAACAAUGUACAGCAAUGAAAUCAUUUGUUGACGAGGUUUUUGUUAAAAAUUUCGGCGAGUUGGGAGAGUUUAGCAGUAACGAGGAGAGGAUAGAUGGGUAUUAUCGUGACCUAAAUCUUGGAUUUAAAUACUUUUGGUCUUAG